CUUUUGAGCCUAGAAUUCCCCGAAUAGAACUCAUCGAAUAAGCACAAAUAGAAUACCGAUCUGCCACCAACACCCAGGUUGUUGGGAAUCCAGAUAUCCAAAGCCAUGGCACAAACUCUUACGCGACGCCUUGCCAGGCCAGCAAUCUUCAUCUGCGACAUCCAAGAAAAGUUCCGCCCAGCAGUAUGGGAAUACGACAAGAUAAUCCUCACCUCCCAAAAGCUCCUCCGCGCCGCCUCCAUCCUCUCCAUCCCUGUCUACGCCACCACCCAAAACGCCGCGCGCCUCGGCCCAACCUGUCCCGAACUCAACCUCUCCACCGCCGUCGCAGAAGUCGACAAGACCGCCUUUAGCAUGUGGCCUGCCCUAGGCCACCACUUCUCCUCCAGCGCCCCCUCUGAAAUCGUCAUCGUCGGCAUCGAGAGCCAUAUCUGCGUGACGCAGACGGCGAUUGACGCGCUCGGUGCUGGGCAUAAGGUUUACAUCAUCGCGGAUGGGGUGAGUAGCUGUAAUCCGCAGGAGAUUCCGAUUGCGUUGGCGAGAUUGAGACAGGCUGGUGCGGUGGUGACGACUAGUGAGAGCUGGUUGUAUGAGUGUAUGGGGGAUGCGGGGAUUGCUGAAUUUAAGCAGAUUGCUGGAGUGGUGAAGGAUACUAGCAAGGAUACGAAGAGGGUGAUGGAGGCGUUGCUGAGCAAGAUUUAGAUGGGCAGGACUAUGGUCUGUAACAUUACGAGGGGUUUCUAUGCGCAAGGUCUAGAACUUGAGUUUUAAGGGGUGUUGGAGCUGAUAGAUGGCGGACCAGUCCAAACUGGAUGGUGGUUUACUAUGAUAGUUGUUGAUAGUUUAGAAACAAGAAAUGGUGCAACACAUUUUGAUCAUGA